AUUUUUUUGAAGAGGUGGCAUCCUAUGACGGUGCCACGUUGAAAGUCACUGAGCUCUUCGUGAAGGCCCUGUGUAUGUGUAGACACCUCUAACCUCUUCACAUUAGUGGAUUUGGCCAUUUCAGCCACACCUGUUGCUGAUAUAGAUAAAUAUCACGUGCACUGUGACUUGGUUUCUGAACUGCCUAGAAGCUGAUUUGCCUAUCAUUUGCUGUGCUCUUGCUGUAAUGAAUGGCUAGAAGGUGAAAUUUGAUCCAGUGAGAGUCUCACACCUUCCAUAGCGGUUGCCUCUGAAUCAGCAUGUCUCACAAAUAUUUUUGUUCAUUUUUAUACGUUAUUUUUUUGACAGGGACGUCAUACGGAGACUAGGGUGUAUUUUACAGAUGAGCCCUACAUACAUCAGACACAUAAAAUAUACGAAAUUACAAAACCAUAUUAACAACAGACACCAUCAGAGGUCUAAAUGUCUUGAAACAGUCUUGCGCCACUUGUUCCUCUUAAGCCCCCAUUAACCCUGCAUAAAUGCUUUUCCUGCAGGCCAAGGUCCUUUACUCUCUCAACAUAAACUCCACUACUCUCCCCUUCUAAAAAUAGGUUAGGCAUAUGCCUUCCUUGCUUCCUAUUAGGCAGGUCCUCUUUGAAGCGUCAGGAUGGGGAUCCAUUUUCCUCCCCUCCUUUAUAUCUCCUUUCAUCUGCCCCAGACAACACAAGGCCCCGAAAUGGAAGCCUUUAAUUAGAUUGAAAACCUUCAAGAUUGUAUGCCCUCUUCCUGUGACGGUGCCUGCUGUCUCGCACAGAGAGAAUGAGUAACGUGGUGCACAGCAGAUGCCCAGCCUAGACGCCGCCGAUAUGCUUCCCUCCGGCCCGUGAUGGACCGAGACACCUUCUCCCACAUCCGACUGUGGUGCCCACGCCCCUUUGGCACCUACUCCCAGAACAAGCCCAGAGGUACAGGGGGCAGUGGGGCAGCCCCCUUCCUCUGCAAGGCUGACACUGCGGGGCGCACGUCGCUGGAGGUUGGGGGAAGCGUGGAUGGCCAGGAGGAGGAGGAUGCCGGCUCCGAGAACAGUCCCCCAGACGCCGACCCGGCCUCGGCACUGCAGGCUCCCUCCACCCCUCCCGGCGCCACUCAGAUGGAGGAUGGGAGGGUGCUGCUGGACACCUGGUACGUCAUCAAGCCGGGCAACACCAAGGAGAAGAUUGCCUUCUUCGUGGCCCACCAGUUCAGUGGGGUGGGCCUGCCUCGACCCAGCGCCAUAAAGGUGAAAGGGAACUGGGCCACGGACUGCACUAAGGCCAAGCGGAGGCGGCGCUGCUCCUCCUAUGACCCCCCCGCCCGGGCCCAGACCAACAUUAUCCCCGCCACCCCGCCCCCAGAAGCCUCCACCCCAGAGGCCAUCCCGGGAGUGAGCGAGACUGACCUGCUGUCCGUUGCUGAGAUGGUGGCCCUGGUAGAGCAGCGUACAGCCAUGGCCUUGCAGGGCAUGGUGACCCAGGGACAGACUGUCACAGAACACCCCGAACACACGCUCCUGCAGGGCACAGUCUCCGACCCCAGCCCCAUGGUUUUCCUGUCAGAGAGCCCUGACCCCCCACGUGGUGUCCUGGAGGAGGAGCAGCAGGAGUCGCGGCGUGUGGCUCAGGUUGUAGCCCACUUUGAGUCCCAACAUCAGCUCCUGGAGAACACACUGAGGCCCGUGUCGGGCCUGGACUCCCCCAGGGAGAGGGAGCGGAGCGGGGACUCUGGGCCCACCCACGGCCGAGGUGAAGUGAGGAUUGCCUUCCGGGUAUCCAGCCUAGAUCCUGGCUCGCAGUCAGAGCCCGCAGGCCGGCCCCGCUGCAUGUUCAUGAGUUGUGGGGGAGGAGGGGGCCAGGCGGGGGCCCGGGCCAACGAGAAGAUCACCUGUGAUCUCUACCAGCUGGUCAGCCCCACGUCACGGGACCCCAGCCUCCUGCUGGCCGGCUCUCCAAAAGCUGACCCCCAUGGGGAGAGCCAUACAGACCGGCCAGCCUCCAGCAGCCCGGACCCCAGCCAGGAGCUCGGCUCUGGGGAGAAGAAGUCUGUGGCCCGGGAGAGGGUGACUGGCUUCCACGUGGAGGUGGUUGUCACGGGUGCUGUAGACCAAUGUGUGUUCUAUGGCAAGGACAGCACAGAAAAUGUGCAAGAGGAGACGGUGUGUUUCGCCAUGCCCAGUGGGACCGACGGCUCAGAGGACCCCCCUCCAGGCCAGCUGUUCUUCCUGCAGCCCCAGAGAGGGUCUGACGAGGACAGUGGCACCGGCAGCAGCAGUGGAAUGUGCUCUUUGGACUGCACCAAUAACAACAAUCCUGCUGGGGAUGCUGCUGACCGGCCCGACUCCCCCCUGGCCGGCGUGGAGGACUGCUCGGACCCCUCCCUGUGCCGUCUCUACCGCCACGUCUCUCACGACUUCCUGGAGAUCCGCUUCCAGAUCCAGCGGCUGCUGGAGCCUCGUCAGUACAUGCUGCUACUGCCCGACCACAUCAUGGUCAACAUCUUCAGCUACCUGCCCACCCGCUCGCUGGCCGCCCUCAAGUGCACCUGUUACGACUUCAAGGUUCUGAUUGAGAUGUACGGUGUGCCCGCCACCGACUCGCGCUGGAACCAGGACCCGCUGUACCGCGACGACCCCUGCAAGCAGUGCAAGCGGCAGUAUGAACGGGGCGACGUGUCUCUCUGCCGCUGGCACCCCAAACCUUACCACCACGACCUGCCUUAUGGACGCUCCUAUUGGAUGUGCUGCCGGCGCACGGACAAGGACACACCAGGCUGCCGCGUGGGGCUGCACGACAACAACUGGGUACUGCAGCCCUGCGAGCUGGUGCAGACCCGCGCUAAGAGGGAGGACGGGAGGUAAAGGGGCCCUCCCCAGCACCCCUCUUACUCCCUCUAGACCCCACUGCCCCCUGGUGCUAAACUAAAGACAAGGGUUGGGGUUCUCUCCUGUGUUGUCAGCUCUCUCUGCUCGUUAUCACCUUGUUCUGAGUUCUUAGCAGUUGACUAGCUCCCUACUCGGAUGUUAGUACAUGUGAAAACUGGACUCAUGAUGAGUGGGCCCAUGCUGGUGAUAUGGUGCUGCAUGGGGCCUGAUGCUCAACAUUUCUGCCUAUUGGUCAACUGACAGUCAUGUCCUAGCCAUGCUGUCAAUGCUAGAGCUGACCCCAACUUUACUGACCAGAGGGCCAGCCACUGAAAGUUUAAAGGUCCAAUGCAGCUGUUUUUAUCUCAAUAUCAAAUCAUUUCUAGGUAAUUAAGUACCUUACUGUAAUUGUGUUCAAUUAAACUCGUCAAAAUGAAACAAAAAUAGAAUCUUGGUAAAGAGCAAUUUCUCAAGCAACAAUUUUUGAUAGGAUUGUAUGGGACUGGUCUGCUCGGGAGGGGAAAACUAGCUGUUAUUGGCAGAGAGGUUUGGAACUCUUUCUUAUUGGUCUAUUAACAAAUUGACUACCCGUUGUCACCGGGCAGGCCAAAAUCCAUCCCACCAAAAUGGGCUGAAAUUUCAGACUGUUUUUAAACCGCUCUUGCACUAAAAGGGCAUUUUCACAUUUGCACAGUAUAAUUGCAACCGCAUAGUGUGAAAAUGGAUGUACAACACAGUCAAAUCACAUUUUUGACUGCACUGGGCCUUUAAUGAAUGAGACUAACAGUGUGGGGCAAGAGAGAAGGCAAUUUGAUGUCACUUUGUACGAGUUUUGACUGCUUGUUAUCAAUUAUUUUAGUUUUUUGGUGUGUGAGCGAAUGUUUGCUGUUAUUUCCUGUUUUUUUUAGGACUGUUCUCCCUCCACCUCUUAUUUUUUGAGCCCCUCCCCACUAACCCCCAGUCCCAACCUGCUAGUCGGCAGAGGGCAGUUUUUGCCAAAGCCGUCGUUUGCGUCAAUGCGGGUGAAAAGAAACACGGACCAUAGAGCUCUAUACACCAGCUUCCAGCCUUAACCACACUGGUCCUGCUCACAAUCCCGAAAUCUGCAAAACCUUGACAAAUCCAGUAUAGAGAACUUUGUUCACUUGACCCCUCUGACUGGGUAGGGGAGGCCAUUGUAGGUUUCAGAUGUACAAUGCUAAUGGGAAUGUGCUUCUCAAAUAAACAGAAAUGAUUCAAACUGGAA